CGUCCGGUUAUUAUUUUUUUCUUUUCUUGAAGUACUUCUGUUGUGUGCAGGUAUUUCUGAACAGGCUGACAAAUCACAGCUUCUCAGUACAGACAGCAGCUGUGACCGAACGUCCGACUCCGAGCUCUCUCAUCACAAACUCACAGAAGCAGAAUCAUGACCUCCAAGGUGGUCAUCAGUCAACCUCAAUAUGUGAUGGAUAAAAAAGAGUCUGAUCAGUGGGAGUCCGGGAUCUGUGACUGCUGUGACGACAUGCCUCAGUGUUGUUUUGCUUUCUGGUGUUUUCCCUGCUUCGCCUGUAAAACUUCCAGAGAGUACGGUCAGCCCCUCUGUCUCCCCCUGCUGGAGUUUCUUUUCCGUGGCCCCAUCGGGCCCAUCAGCAUGUCCAUGAGGGUCUCCAUGAGGGAGCGCUACGGCAUCAAAGACACCAUGUGUCGAGACUGCCUGUUCUCCACCUUCUGCAUACCCUGCUCCUGGUGCCAGAUGUCCCGAGAGAUCAAGAGGAGGAAAAUACAAGUUCUCCUCGUCAGUGCCAAGAACACAUGACCUCUCUCCUCUGCCCAUCGUCUCCAUGACAACGACCAAGACGAACCCCCGACCUGCUUCUUCAUAACGAGGUUUAGAAAACGAUUGAACGAGAAGAGGUGCUCGAGCGACUCACAGAACAGGCAGACAUGUUAAAAGAUAACAAAUAUUUAUAAAAACCUUUUAUUCCUACUUUUCACCUGUCCCACUAAACGCUGUCUUUCACAAAUCAUUCUCACUUUCUUGUUACAUGUAAUCUGUAAAGAGUCCUGACAGCUUCUGAUUCAUUUUCAGUUUAACUAGAAGACUUCUGUUCGACUGUUUCCUGAUAAAGAUUCAAAAGCAAAAAGUCCUGACUUAUUAAAACUUAUUUUUUACACCUAGUGUUGUAGUCAAGACCACACUAACCGAGACCAAGACAAACCUGAGACCAUAGUCCGCCGAGGCCGAGACAAGACCCAGACCAAGGCAUUUAGGGAACGAGACCGAGUCAAGACCAAGACAUAUAGGGAUCGAGACCAAGACAUUUAGGGAUCCAGACUGAGUCAAGACCAAGACAUUCAGGGAUCGAGACCGAGACAAGAC